GGAGCAGCUCACCGUGUGGGGCCCGGACCUGACUUUCCUCAGUGUGGAGGCUGCCAGGCGGCGGCGUCCUCUGCCUGUGGGGAUGGCUUUACAAGGAGCAUCUGCAGUGCUGGGACCCCAUGUGGCCACGGACCCAGGAGCCUCCCUGUCUGCUUUCAUGGCACGGCCCUUCCCCGCACCCACUGCCGGCGCCCCUCACCGGCCACUGUGGGGGCAGCACCCGCCGCCCCUCAUGACCCCAUUCCCUCCUGGUGGCCCCCUGGUGCUGCCAGCUUUCUCCAGGACUCCGCUGGUGGCAGGAGAGGCUGGCCUCGGCCCCAAUGGGACUGGGACCUGCAAUGUCAUUGUGCAGGUCCGGUCAGAACAGGGGUGCUCAGUGACCCCCCAGACUCAGACCAUCGUCCUCACUCAGGCCCCCCUCAGCUGGAGUGCUCCAGGGGCCCUCUGUGGGGGUGCUGCGUGUCCCGCACCCCUCUUCGUGACAGCCUCUGCGGUGGAGACCAGCAUGCCUGCCUCGGCCCAUGGGGGCUCCCAGGCUGGCAAGGGAGGCUCGGCCCCAAGCCUUCCACCUCCGGCUCAGCCCCCAGCCGCGCAGCUGACCACCGUCGUGCCCCCAGUCGACGCCAGGCCACAGCCUCACGGAGCUUCCAGGAGCCGGACCACGGCCUCGCCCGAGGACUCCUGUAACCCCAAGAGUGUUUACGAGAACUUCCGGCGCUGGCAGCGCUUCAAGUCGCUGGCCCGGAGGCACCUCCCGCAGAGCCCCGACGCAGAAGCUCUCUCCUGCUUUCUCAUCCCGGUGCUGAGGUCCCUGGCGCGCCUGAAGCCCACGAUGACGCUGGAAGAGGGAGUGUGGCGGGCCGUGCAGGAGUGGCAGAGCAGAAGCAACUUUGACCGCUUGAUCUACUACGAGAUGGCGGGAAAGUUCAUGGAGUUCGAGAUGGAGGAGGAGAUGCAGAUGCAGAAGUUACAGUGGGUGAAGGUGGCCCAGGGCCUGCCUCCCCCAGCGCCCCCGAAGCCUGAACGGCGGGGGCCCCCAGCCGCGGAAGCGGGCCCGCAGCCAGCGUGCGUUCCCAGGAAGGCGGGUUCCAGGGCCCAGCCCUCCCGCCAGCAGCCACGCAGACCCCCGCGGCGCCCGGAGAGCAAGGCGCCCAAGGAGAUCCCUCCAGAGGCUGUGAGAGAGUACGUGGACAUCAUGGAGGGGCUGCUGGGGCCGGGCCACUCGGCCCCAGGGGGCCCGGCAGGUGAAUGCGGAGAGGAUGGAAAGGAGCCACAGCAGAAUGAGGCCGCGACCUACCCGGACCCGGGUCUCCUGAGCUACAUUGACGAGCUGUGUUCCCAGGAAGACUUCGUCACCAAGGUGGAGGCAGUCAUCCACCCCUGCUUCCUGGCGGAACUGCUGUCCUCGGAACCACAGCUGGACCUCCUGGCCCUGGCUGAGAAACUGGAGCAGGAGGAAGGACUCAGCCUUGCAGAGCUGGUGGAGAAACGACUGAUGGCCUUGAAUACGGAGGAGGGUGUGCAGGCACCCCCACGCCUCUGCGCAGCCCGGUCGGGCCCCACGCCUGAGCACGAGACCGGUCCCGGGAAGGGGCUGGGGGUCAGCGACAAAGCCUGCCCAGCAGACACUGACGGCCAGGACCUUCAGAGGCACGGCCGAGCACAGACACACCUGUCGGGGCCCAGAGCCUUUGCUCUCUCUCCCGGACGACAGGAGUCCCCUGCACCUCGAGCCGGACGGGUCCCCUCCCCUCCCCAGGGUCAAAGACCCUCCAAGCCCCACCUGCGCUCCACUCCCCUCGUGGCCCCGCACCAUCACACCUGCAACCACUACGGCUCCUCCCCGCGGACCCGCCCCCAGGGCCUCCCGCCCACCGCACCAGGCCCCAAGGACCACUACAGCGGGCAGCUGAAGGGGAACCCACAGGCCGCCCAGGACACCAGACCCUCGGGCCCCUGUCCCCGCGGGCCACACCUCAAGGGCGCACACAACGCGAAGCAAGAACGCCACAGACCGCGGGCCGCCACCCCUGCACGCCGGGGAGCGCGCGCCCUCAUCUUCAAGCCUACCUCACGCAAGCACGAGGCGGCCACGCACGGCCCCGCCCUCAGCCAGAGGACAGUUAGGGACCCCCCGCCCCCGAGCCCGCGCAGGCGCGCUUUCUCCGGCGGGCAGCCUCAACGGACGCCGGGAGCUGUUGCAGGGGAGGGUCCGGGAGACUUUCAGCCCCGCCCCUGGGGAGGUGUGCGCGGGCGCGGGCGCGGGCGCGGGCGCGCGCGGGGCAAGUCCAAACGGGCCCUGAGAGGCCUGCAGGAGAGGCUUGAAGCGACGGGUCCAAGACCCGGGGGCUGCACGGGGACUGACUACCCUCCCGCACUCUUUGCGGUCCUCCUGCCUUCUAGCCAGCGCGUGGGAAGUGAGCGCUCAGGGCCCUACCAUCGCAGGCGUGCACUCCCUGGCCUCAGACGCGACCUUGCGAACGACCUGGGACAGGUGCCUCCGAAGAAGCCCGAGGGCCCCGCGGGCGGGCGGGCGGGCGGCCACCUCCGUCCCGACUGCGCGUCGGCUGCUCUUUCCCGCCUUUCUGCGCCCUCUGCGCCCGGCUGA